GACUUACUUUUGGCAGUAAUAAAAACAUGUGCUUUAAUAUAAAUUUUAUUCUGUUCUAUUUUGUUUCAUUUUUGCAGUGCUGAGAAUCAAACCCAAGACUUGAGCAUGCUAGGCAAGCACUCUUGAUUAUUGUUUUAUAGUUUAGCAGAUUUUUUAAAUCAGUUUAAAAUAAUGGAGCCUGAAACCGAGGGGCCACCACCAAUAAUCCACGUGACACCUCUUCAGCAAAUGCUUGCCUCUUGUACUGGAGCUAUAUUGACAUCACUGAUGAUGACACCACUGGAUGUUGUUAAAAUUCGACUGCAAGCCCAGAAAAACCCAUUCCCCAAAGGAAAGUGUUUUGUAUACAGUAAUGGACUCAUGGAUCAUAUGUGUGUCUGUGAAGAUGGGAACAACAAAGCAUGGUAUAAGAAGCCAGGAAAUUUCCAGGGAACAUUGGAUGCCUUUUUAAAAAUUCUUCGAAACGAGGGCAUUAAAUCGCUGUGGAGUGGCCUCCCUCCUACUCUAGUGAUGGCAGUUCCUGCCACUGUUAUUUAUUUUACCUGCUACGAACAAUUAAGUGCUUUUUUGAGAGCAAAAUUAGGAGAAAAUGAAACCCGAAUUCCAAUAGUUGCUGGGAUUGUUGCCAGAUUUGGUGCAGUAACAGUGAUAAGCCCAUUAGAGUUGAUCAGAACUAAGGUACAGUCCAAGAAGUUUUCUUACAAGGAACUACAUCGAUUUGUGAGCAUGAAAGUGUCUGAAGAUGGUUGGAUCUCCCUUUGGAAGGGCUGGGCCCCUACUAUUCUUAGAGAUGUGCCUUUCUCAGCAAUGUACUGGUAUAACUAUGAAAUUUUAAAGAAGUGGUUGUGUGAGAAAUCUGGUUUAUAUGAACCGACAUUUAUGAUCAACUUUACUUCAGGGGCAUUGUCUGGUUCUUUUGCAGCUGUUGCAACUUUACCAUUUGAUGUGGUGAAAACACAGAAACAGACACAACUUUGGACUCACGAAAGUAGAAAAUCUCCUGUGCCUUUCCAUUUGUCAACCUGGGCUAUAAUGAAGAACAUUGUUUCUGAAAGUGGAUUUUCCGGGUUGUUUACAGGUCUGAUUCCUCGAUUAAUUAAAAUUGCUCCUGCUUGUGCCAUUAUGAUCAGCACAUAUGAAUUUGGAAAGGCUUUUUUCCAGAAACAAAAUGUUGAAAGGCAGUAUAAUUCUCUAGAUGGACUUUUGACUAGAAAUGUCAACCAGAGCCAAGUAAGAUGAAGAUUGAUAGGCAAGAUGGAAUUUUUACCAUUAUUCUCUUACAGUGUGACUUUCUCUGUUUUCCCUAUAAUUUAAAUGAAUAAUAAGUUUUUAGUCUACCUCUAAACCAUAAUCCUAGUUUUAAUUUUUUGGGAUUUUAAAACAUAAUCCAGAAGCUGCGGCCAUUUUGUACUCUUGCAGAGAAAUUGCUCCUUAGGAGAAAAAGAAGUUUCUGAGUAUAUACAGCAUUUCAUAUUUCAGUGUAAGGUAACCUGGGAAUGUGGCAACGCCUCAGAGUACUUUGGAUUAUGAACUGAAUGAUGCAGCCUAGAGAAUGGAGUUCAGUCUCAUGCAUAGUCAGAUCACACACAUUGGCAUUUCAGUAAAGAGUGGAAGGAGCUGUCAAAUGGCAUUGUCCUCAUUCCCCAGAUGGUAGCCUGUGACUUCCCUAAUUCAAGUGCAUGGUGUUCCCUCUCUGCUGCUACUGCUUUAAGGCUUCGUGUAGCUUGGAAUUUCUCCCAUGAAAGGUGUAGGCACCUUAUCUGUAUGAACCAAAGUAUAAUUAUUUAUACGCCGUGGCUCUUGACAUUGUAAAUCUACCAACCCUUACCUAAUGUUUCUGUUGGGAGCAUAUUUUCACUGAUGAUAGUAAAUGUAUAUUCACUCAAAUUUGGAUCUGCAGUAGAAAGCCAUGCUGUAUGUAGACUAGUGAAAAUAAAUAGUUUUGGGUGCAGGAAUGUGCUUUUACCUAGCUUGUCUUCCAAGUGUCAUUGUUCUUUAGGUCAGUUCUGCAACUUUUUCUAAUAAAAUCAACAUACUCUAGCCUAAAGGCCAAAAUAUAAAGCAAUACAAAAAUUUCAACUCUUUUAUGUAGUAUCCCCAAAUGAUGCUGCUCCAAGUGGAAAAUCCCGCACCUUCCCUUGGUUGACAGCAUUCAGAAUGUAGGUGCAGAAACGUUACUUGCAUUGUCUUCAGGCUGUUUGUAUAAACUGUACAUGAAACACAUGAAUAUAUUUAUCACUAAGUAGGAAUGAGAUUUUUAAAAAUUAGAUGCAUUUGCUUUUUGUGUAUGUUUAUGUAUAUAUGAAGGUCAGGGGAAAACUUUCAAGAGUUAGUUCUCUCCUUCCACCAUGUGUGUCUUCGGUUUUGAACUAAGGUCCCCAGGCUUAGCAGCAAGUGCCUUUACCCACUGAGCCAUCCUAGUGGCCCAGGGAUGAGAUUUUUAAGUAUGAUUGGAAUGUAGCUCAGGGGUAGAACACUUGCCUUUGGAUUGUGAAACUCUUGAGUUUGAUUUCCAGCACAAUGAGAAAUAAUUUAAAUAAAUAAUAAGAUGGCAGUGUAAGAAAUGCUAUUCUGAUUUACUUACCCCGUACAGCAAAAAAAAAAAAAAGCACUUUAUUCCAUUCUGUGUGUAUUCUAUGAAAUAUGAAGUAUCCCUUCCCUGCCCCAACAGCAUAAUGUAUCUGAUGACAAUGAUCUCUAGUGUUGGUAGGAGAACAAAUGCAUAGUAGAAAAUAUUUGUAUUUUCACUAGAAAUAAAUGAUACAGAGUUUAUUAUAUCAUGGUGUUUUACAUUACAAUGUUGUGUUGAUUUACAUUAAAAUUUUAGUAUUUCCAUAUA